GGAACUCAAACCGAUAACCGAAAAACUUCUGUCGUGUCGUGCUCGCUAAGUUGUGAUUUUUUCCCCCCGCAUAAUAAAUAAAAGUUGUUUAUCUCAGUGAGAAUUUAGGAUGGAUUUGACAGAAGGUCAUACCUCAUCGUGUGAUAUAAAAUUCGGAGGUGAAUGCAGAAGGGCUGGGAAACUAAAGCCAAUUGGUGACAGAGCAAAAGACUGCUUUCAGGAAAUGCCAAGUUCUCAGACGCCACCGGUGGUGAGGAAAUUUCUCAGCAGUAACCAACAAGAACCAGGUACCAUCAGGGUCCACCAUGGGAAGGCGUGGGACCCGGAUGUUGCCAGCAGUGUCGUUCACGGCAUCAGCACCAAAACAUCCCUCAUGGCUGGAAGUUUAUUGAACCCUCCUCCCAAGACAAUCUUACAACAGAAGCUGCAAGAACUCAGAGAAUCUGUUUAUACUUCGAAUAAGAACGCUCCGUUAGGUCAGUCACGCAACCAACAUGCUGGACUCCCUUCCUGGUACCAUCAAAACGUCACAUUUGGUGUGAAAACAGUUAAAGGUCAUGGCAUACGUGAUGUCAUCAAUCCUCCCAAAACAACCGGAGACAACGAACAGGAAGCUCAGGAGGGAAAUGAAGGUUUCAUCCGGAGCCACAACUCUUACUCUGUUGGUGAGCAGAUUGAUAGAAAAUAUAACUGGGGCGGCCUGAGUAAAGACAGCAGGUUUGGGAUUCAGACGCCACAUUUCAAUGAUGGACGUAACCUCGGAAAAAAUCUCCGCUGGAUUGGAGAGCCUCUGAAGAUCCAAGAUCCGAAAGCUGCUUGGAAGAGGUCCGGGAAUCAGGAGAAACUGGCGCAGCAAAUAGGCAACAUUUCUUGUAGGAGAAGAAACACCUUACAUCUUCCACCUCAACAAACGUUUGGAAAAGUUUUACCAAGUCCAUACGGAGUCAAAGAAACGAUCCACUUCACAGAGCCGAACGUGGAGAAAGAAGACCUGCUGGUCAGCGCCGUCAGACUUCACCUGAAGAAGCUCAACUUCACUAACUUCCCCUCCCUGCUGAAGGCUUUCCAGCAUUACGACAAAAACGGAAAAGGGAUGAUCGACAAAGAUGACCUGCGGGCUGCGUGUCACGAGUUCCAGCUGGACCUGAGCGACGUGGUUCUGGACCACCUGAUGCAUGUCUGCGACGCAGACGGGGACGGACUCGUCAGCUUCGUGGAAUUUGCUAAUUUUCUAAACUGGAAGGACAAGAUGCCGAUCAGCAGCCAGGAUCAGCGCGUUCUGACGGCCGAGCACCAGUCCAGCACAGAUCCAAUCAACCUGGACAGGAAGUCAGAAUCAUCAGAACUUCCUUCUGCUCAGGCCUUAGUUAGACCUGAGGACCUGGAACCUCUUAACCCAGGCAGCAGAGUCCGUAAAACUGUGAGGACUAUCAGGAGACCCCGGGCUGCUCCAGACCACUUCCUAACCACCGCCUCGGUCAUCGGAGCCAGCAGUGAUGGACCGCUCACAUCACACGGCCGUGCCUUCGGGACCCCGACCGUGCGCUCCGACCUCCCGCUUCCUCGUGUCAAGCGGGUCGGCGACUCCAGAAACUACGGCGAUGCAUCCACAGCCGCAGACCUCCUGAACCCGUCGGUCUCUGCUGCUCGAGGCGUCCACGCAGAGCACUUCCUGCAACCCCGCACCAAGGGCGAGAUCGCAGAGAUCUUCAGGAACGUCGGUGUGAACAUUUCCGAGGAGGCGUUCGAGGAGACCUGGAAGCUGGCGUCCAUGAAGCGACCCGACGGGAAGGUCUGUGUGGAGGGUUUCCGCAACGCGCUCAAGGAAAUAAAAGCAAUGUAGGAAAAUAUAUCUUUUUCUUUGUCACCGUGACGUUAACACAACAAAAAGAAGAAAAAACACAACAGAACAGAUUCAAGAUGGCCUUCGAUGUCACGGUUUUAGAAGGGUUCGGACUCGUGGAGGUUAAGUAAAAGAAACUAAACUUUUUUAUUUAUUUUGUCAAAAACAAAACUUCCAGAAACUAAUUUAACUGGUUGUAAUGAGGCACAGAAACACCUGAGCCCAGUUUCAGAAAGCAGGAUAAGAGGAAAUCCUGAGUAAGUUCUGGGGUAACUCUGUGCAUAUCUAUUAUUCUGAGUUAAUUUACCCCCAUAACUUACUCUGUGAACCAGCCCUGCUCUGCAGCAGGAUUACUGGAACAAAUCCUGAGUUUGUCUUGCUUUUUAGCUGAGAGCUGCAGACAGGGCGUGUCCUUUUCUAAAGGAGCCUUUGGAAGUUGGAGCUUAUAAUCCACAGAAAUCUUUGUCAGGAGAGAGUGAUAAGAGCAAGAUUAGACGUCUUUCUGGAUGAAUCUGUUUGAGCCUUUUUAGACGUUUUUAAUUGCUCAGGUUUCAUUGGGCCUCAUGCAAGAACCGUUCGUACGCACUGAUUUGUUCUUAAGUUGUGCGUACGAGUGA